UAUUUCCAAGCCAACUCACAGGUUUUUUUUUUUUUUUGACACUGCGUGUGAAUUCGGACAGUUAAACGUUAUUUGACACGUAUAAAUGCAAUGUUUAGUGGUGCUAGCUCGCCGCUAUGGCAGAAAAUAACCCCGAUGAAAUGGGCAGAGGGACAUUAUAAAGCUAGCUACGGUUAGCUAGACGCGCAGCCGACAUACUACGACGCCAUCAGAUUAUUUUCAACUAAUCUUUCGUUAACUAACAAUACUUGAAGGGACCAUCCAAGAGCGCGUAUAUCGGUUUAAUUUGUGAAGUAAAAUGUAUUGUUUUGUUUCCUUUUUUUGGGGGGUGGAACUGCAUAUAAAGUGCCACGCUUAUCUGCGUAUGCCACAUGUUUUGUUAAGGACAAACUAGCAGCCCAACUAUACAAAAUGCAACUAGUUUCGCCAUUUCAAAACGGCCUGUUAAAUCUGAUUAACCAUAGUCGUGUAAUUCCCUUUACAUUGAACUACUCAAUUGUAGCUGAGACUUUGUCGCAUUGUUUUGAGUCUCAUCAUCAGGCUUUUCUUUCAAAUAAAGAUGGUGGCGGAGUCGCCAUUUUGUUUCAGACUUGCUACAUUUUUCCAGACUGAUACGGGAGUACGAGGCUACAUCACUGACUGGACACAAUGUAUCAGAUUUGUAAUUCGACAUGACAUCGAAUGAAUGAUACAAAUACGUAAAAAAAAAUAAGUCUAAAAUUGGGACACAUUGGGACACAGUAUAUUAGGAUAUAUUAGUAUACAGUAUAUUAGGCCCCUUACACUGGCAAUCCAUUUUUCAAAGCCCCACCUUGUUUAACUCUGCCAUUGCGGCUCUAUGAAUUAACCAAAUAACAGGUUCGCCCUUGAGAAUAGUAUGAUACUGUUGUUAUUCACUGUUCUAUGGCCCCUUCCGUCACGAGACGAAGGUCAACAUCAUAGGAGUUAGUUCUGUGGAAUGUUGGCUAUAAAAUGCUUUCUAAACGUUCAACUCCCAGACAACCUUGAAAUUGAACAGGGUGGAGUUAUUUACACCGAUGGCCAUCUUCAUUCUAUGGGAGGUGACAGGAGAGACGACCAAUAUGCAGGAGAAGGGUUCGGGAGCGUCACUCGCGGUCUGCUGUAGAGAGCAUGGUGCUUGCAACGCCAGAAUAAUGGGUUGUUUGCACACGACUGUAAAUCGCUUUGGAUAAGAGCGUCUGCUAAAAUAUCCUAUAUUAUUACUCUCAGGGAAUCUGGAUACUAGGUGGAGGGAUAGGGGCAAUACUGUACGUACUGUUCUCUUAACCUCGCUCUCUCCCAUCUGUCUCUCUCACCCUGCUCCCUUCUACUCCAGCACAGAAAAUAAAGGGUGGUUAAUUAAUGAUUCCAUGCCCGCUGUCAGAAAGCUGUGUCAUGGAUGAUGAGGACGAUCGCCGUCUUCUGGAUAUUAUAGGAGAUGUGCAGGCAUUGAAUGACUACCUCCACGGCUCCACCAACAAGUCUAUUGAGGAGGAUGAUGUGACGAACGCAGCGUACGGCUCUGCUGGAACCUUCUUCACUAGUAACACUGCUGGUUCUAACUCUGGCCUCAAAGAUGGCGAGUUUGAGGAUUCAGCGGGGGCUGGCCUCCAGCUUUCCAGCAGCCUAUCGUUCAUCGAGGAUGAGCUGGGGGGAGGAGCAUCUCCAGGAGGAAUGGAUCUUGGAGGAGGAGAGGACCAGCACUUUGACAUCCUGCAGAAGUCUCUCAUGGAGGCAGACAUCACUGAACAGACUCUGGAACAGGAGGCCAUGCUAGACUCCCAACCACCUCCCCCUCCGGCCCCCUCUCCAUUCCCCGCCCAGCUGGUCUCGGGGGGGUACAGCGGCGGGGUCACCACCGCGACAGCAGCGUUUCCCAGUGGUCAGUUUCUCCAGGGCGUAUCCCAGGUGUCCCAGCUGCCCAACGGCCAGGCAGGGGGGCACAUCCAGGUGUUGGGGUCCUUCGGAGGUGGAGGGGUCCAACAGAUCCUCCUCCGGCAGGGUGGGGAGAUCGGGGGGGUGAUGGGGGGAGUAGCAGCAGGGGGGCAGGUGUUCACCGCCUCCUCCCAAGUGGGCCAGGUGAACCAGGUGGGCUUGCCCUUUAAAAACAUCCCCCUGCAGAACAUCAUCAUCCAGAGAGGACCAGGGGGCACCCAGGCCCUGGUCAGACCUAUCCAGCCCAAACCCCUUCAAGCUGGGGCUCAGACAGUCUACAGCCUGGGACUCCAGACCACAACCACCACCAUGGUUAACACUGCGGCCCAGGGACACUACACAGCUAACGGCUCCAUCCUGGUCCACUCUCCGCUGGGGCAGCAGAACCAGGGACAACAAGUCCAGGCCAAUUUGGCCCCAGGGCAGUACCUGGUCCACCACAAUGGCUCCUCAGACCCAUCCCAAUCAACCAUGGUAGCCAAUCAGAACACAGUGCAGCUUGUCACCGGGCAGAACUUCACGGCGACGGCGGGUGGUCAGCUGAUCCAAGUGGGAGGCAGUCAGGUGGGAGGCAGUCAGGUGGGAGUAGGAGGAGCCAUGACCCAAAAAUGGCAGACUUUUCCUGGUACUAGCCCUGCCCCCAUCCAGGUGGCAUCAAAUCAGGGGUGUCUGACGCUGGUUGGCACAGCGACCGCAGGGGUUCGGGGUCAGGUGUCGUGCAGCCCAGUGCAGCGCCUCGCAGUGACUCAGAACAGCAGCUCCCUCUCCCCCAUGUCUCUCCCUGGUACUGGUACUGCCACACAGGAUGAGGAAUACUCACAGGCUCAGACACAGCUUGUCAACCUCCUUGGAAACAAAGCUGUGAAAACAAUGACCUCCGUGAGCCAAGACUCCCUGCUAAACACACAGGUCAGCGCUCAGAAGAGGCAGGCCCCUCAGCAGCUCACCAGAGGAGCAAUGAUGCUACAUCAGUUGACGAUGGAUCGUUCAGGGGUUCUGUCACCUGACAUCACCCGCUUCACCUCAUUGGACGACGCACUGCACAGACUCCUCCCCUACCACAUGUUCCACGGUGCUCCGCCCAACAAGGAAGAGUUUUCUCAAGUGGAUGAUGAGUUUGAGACGAUGGCGACUCAGGUGUUGAAGAGGACCCAGGUUAUGAUCAACAAAUACAGACGACUGCUGAUGGUGGAGGCUGAGCGCUCCAGUCCCUCCUCAGAGAUGGUGAUGAUUGACAGGACCUUUAACCAAGAGGAACGGCAGAACCUGACACAGGACAAACGUAUGAUACUGGUUGACCCAGAUGGCUUCUUGGAAGAUUUCUGUUGUGCGGUGAAGCCGUCUCUCCUCUCUCCCCCCUGCCUCCCCUUGGACCCUCUCUCCUCCCUCUCGUCCAGCCAUGGCCAUAGACAGUCAGUUGGGGGGUUGAACACAGACCCCCCUCACAGGACAGACCCCCAGUCAGGCUAUGGAGACCCGGGGGGAGGUAGUGGGGGAGGAGGAAAAGACUCUUAUAAGAGUAUCAUUGACCUGAAGAGAACUCAACAUAGCAACUAUGGAAACAAAGCUGCUUGUAGCAACAACAACAACAGCAACUAUCACCUUGGAAACGUGGCUGCUACGGCCACAGCGGCAGUGCCGACAGGGACGGAACAGACUCAGCACCUGUCUCACCUGCCCUCUCACCCCCAGGUCCCCCUACCACUCCCUUCCACCCCGCCCGACACAGACUCGGUUCUAGAGGCAGCCGUCAACAGCAUUCUAGAAUGUUAGAGACUGACAGGCAGACGUGCCCAUCACUCUAUCCUUCCAUUCCUCCAUCUCUCAUCCUCCCAUCCUUUCCCCUCAGCUCGCUCCAGGGAUGACAUGUUUGUUGUUUAUUUUCUCCUUCUCUCUCUCUCAUUGUUAGUCCACUUCAACCAGUUCUGAGUUAGUUACAGCCAUAGAAAUAUAAUCUAGAUUGUAUUUCUAUGGUUACAGUAUUAUAUUUACUGUAGAACAGCCAGGUGUCAUGAUCUUUGUGACAUCAUAUCCUGUUGGGUGUGAGUGGGGAGAGGAUGCAAAGAUUGUCUAUUAUAUUGACAAAAUAGUCGAUUGACUGCUCUAACAAUGGAAAUACAUGUCCUCUAAGAUGGAAGGCAGGUGGGAGGUGGCGAGAUCAGGUAGGACUAUUUUAGCCAAUGAGAGGGAAGAUACGUGUGUGAAUAACAGGCCAUAGAGAUAGAUGGAGGACUCAUCUCUGUAUCUGUGCCAUCAUAGCGUCUGUGACAGCAUGGGCAGCGCCAUUGAGGCUAUUUCCAUUUUAAAGUAGUACAUUUUCUUCUUCAUUAGCCGAUUGCUUCCAACUCAUAGGAAUCCCCACCCAGUUGGCUACUUUAAAAUGGUGGAAGCCCCAAUGGCCACUUUAAAACGAGUUAUAUCCACGAAGAGUUCUCUAUAUACAGUAUCCUAUGACAACAGGUACAACUCAGAUAUUAAUGCCACGUGUGUCCACUUAUAUCAGUGCAUUUGUAACAACCUAACCAUUGCAAAACUUCUAUUUGAUCAAAUAAGCCUCAUGAAGGAAAUGACCAAUUACAUUUUUUGUUGGCCAAAUUCGACACCCUCUCUCAUUGACCUCUAUACAAACAUUCCUAAAUUCCUGAAACCCAAUGUUAGGAUACGUCCCACAAUGCUGAAGUUCAGCGAGGAGGAAGAUGAUGAUUCUGUGCCUGAGAAAUUCUACGUUGUCCUUGAAUUGUUUACAUGAAGAAGCCUUGUAAGAAAUGUCCUUUUUGCACCUGACAUUACACACCUACACAUAAAAUACAGUAGUAAUUGAUGGAUUGGAAAACUACAACAAAUAUUUUUGUGUUUUCUACUUCAGUCUUCACGGUAAAGUCAAGCCAGAGAGACUCACUCACACUCUGUGUCUAUAUAACGACUAAACAAGCAGCUUUUGGUUUUCUGUCAGUUGUCAUUUUCUUAUUUGGCAUUUUUUCUUUUGUACCUUAAAGGUAUGUGACGCCCCUCUGCACUCACACACAUUCACUCUCAUUAGAGUGUAUUGGUGCUGGGGGGGAACUAACUCCUCAGAUUGAGGGAGAAAUGUUUCGCCUUGUUUAUCUUUUUUUGGCUUCAAUUUUUUUAUUUUUUUAAAAUCAUGAUUUGUGUUGUUAGGGAUGUGUGUAGCAGCGAAGUUAACACGCAACCACUGUAACCAUGGUGAGAUUUAAUGACCCUGGAAGGUCAUGGGUUGUAUGUCUCUGCGUACGUACGCUGGACGAAUGUCACUCAUUACUUCGCCUGCUUAACUUUCCUCUCCUCUAUUCUAUCCAUCACUUCACUCAAUCCUCCUGUCCCGCCCAACAAUUAUACCCUAAUCAACAGGAGAGAGAGAGAGGGGAGUGUCUAUGCUCAUAAAUUGACUGAAUGAACAGACUGAAGGCUUUAGAGAGAGAACACAGCUGUCUGUUUUACAUGUUGUCUUGUCAACCCUCUGUAUUUCAGCCCUGGUCCUGACCACCCCCAUGUCUCAAAUUACACCCUAUGCCUGUGAUAGUGCACUACUUUUGACAAGCUUAUGUGGCGUGGAGCAAAAGUAGUGCACUUAAUGGGGAACAGUCGUUUCACACAGGAGUGCCUAAGGUUGAUAUACUAGGUUCUUUCUGGCAAGGAGUGACACAUUUUUACUUCAUUACCCCCAUUUUCACUGUUUACUUUUGUCUCACUCUGUACAUGAUUUGUAUAGUUUUUAUAUAUAUAUCUAUAUAUAAAAAUGAAACAAUAUUUAUACUUUUUUGUAAAGAAAAAGAAUGUAAAAACAUUUUGUAUUCUGUUGGCUAUGAAGUGUUCCAAAAGAAAUCAUUACAAAUACUGUGUUCAUUUUUAGUUUGUGUUCACUACAACAGAAAGAAAAGUCAACAAUAAAUUAAUUUUGAAUACAAUCAUAAA